AGUGAGGAAAGGGUUCUGAGAGCCUUGGAAGUGAUAUUCGUGAUCACCGCGAAAUUCUCUAUCGAAUGGUGUAUGAAGUGUCGAAAAAUAAAUUUCACUGCAAGGCUGCCCUGGGUGCAUCUUAUAAGUACUCGUCUGGCUUUUGAGUACUCAAAAGGCUCGCGGAGUACUUUUUGAGUACGCAUGAGUAUAUUCACUAGACUUUUGCCAUACUACCCAGAUAAUGGGCAUAAGACUUCGUGUCAUGGGCCCUGGUGUACAUACUAUUAUUCAGGCUGUUCUUUAUGAAUAAAGCCCUUGCCACCUCACCCAGAUAAGCAAAAGACGGAUGAAAUGACUAGUCUUUUUCCUUAGUCCUGACGACCGUCUCGACUAGUCUUUACGACAAAAACGCCCCCAUCAUGACUAGUCCAAAAUCUUAACCGUUAAUUAAAAGAAAACGGUCCGUAGUAGUGUCGCUCACUAGUCUGCCAACCUAUGUACUGACGACGUCUGGACUAGUGUAAAUGAAAGAAAGAUAGAGAAAUAAGUUAGAAGCGAACAUGCGCAUACCUGCGAUAUUAAACCAACUGAGCCAUUGCGCCAUCAGUUUAUGCAUGCUAGUUUUUAGUAUAUGUGAGGAAUAUUUCGCUGAAGCUUUUUAAGAAUUUAGGUCUUCGUUGCAACCUUAUCAUAACUUCCGAAUAAAUAGUUCUGAGCAAAAAAAUUUGUUUUACAAAUUUUAGUCCAUGGUUGCAUGGUUGAGUCAAGGGGAAAGUUUUCGAAAAAAUUCUUUGCUCAAAAAACCCUGUAAUAUGUAUGCAUCGUUCAAUUCAGUUUUCACGCGGAUUCCAAAUAUCACCUCGCUUCUGUUUCAAACUCACAUCUUUCUAGUGGAAAAAUUGAAAUUAUUAGAACAACUUUUCCAAUUUCUUGCUACCGGCUACAUUUGAUGUCUAAGUUUCUUCAUGAAGCUACCAUUGGCAACAUUGUAAAUUACUCUAUCUUAUACAGAAUUAUGCGCUCUACAAAAUGCGACAUAUACUUCUAUGUAUAAUUCAGUCGUACAUUCAUUAAUUUCCCUAAUCAGAAAGUGCUCGUCGACGGGCACAGUCGUAUUUGUUUAGAACAAUGUACCAGACGUUCGUCCGACCCGAGUAUCAAUUUCUUUGCGCAGACGGUGUAAUGGUUCGAACUAAGACUAUGAAAUUAUUCAUGUCAUCUUUUUUUUCUUUGGAUUAGUCUAGACGGGUGUAGCGGACAAAACAGACUAGUCCUGACGGUUCGAAGAAACACUCCAGACCAGUCUAGACGGGUUAUACGGACAUUUGUUAAAAACUGGACUAGUCAUGACGAGUGAAAAGGACGUUCCAGACUAGUCCUGACGGUUCGAAGAAACACUCCAGACCAGUCUAGACGGGUUAUACGGACAUUUGUUAAAAACUGGACUAGUCAUGACGAGUGAAAAGGACGUUCCAGACUAGUCCUGACGGGAUAUAUGGACAUUUUGGACUAGUCAUGACGACCGCCUUCAAUAGUUUUUCGCUUACCUGGGUAGUGUAGAUGAUUUUUGUCAGGUCUUUUGUCUUUUAUUCAUAGAGAUUCAGUAAAUAAAGUUGAUCGAUGUGUUCCAUUAAUAACAAAUACAUAAUCAUAACCUAUCAUCAUCGAUUGUAUGAAAUUUAACUCUAAUAAUACUUAGUAAUAGUAUAAUUUAGACACGAUACAAUAUUUAUUCGAAAGAUUGGGUGAGAUAAAUCUGUUUAAAGCAUACCAGUAUUUUUCUGCCGGAGACAAGACCCCAUAGGUUUUUGAGAACUGGUCGAGUUCUAUUUACACAAAUACCAUAUUAUAUGUGUAGAUGAUGCAACGCGAAAAGUGCAUUUACCUCUCGCGUUCGCGUUGUAAGCGGUACUAUUUCUGAUGUUUUCCAGUUUUAGCUCCAGAACAAAAGCGCUCUAAUUUUAUCUACUAAAGGCUACAUACAGAUCUUAAUUCAUCAUCAGGUAUACGAUAAUGAAUAAUCAAUUUAUUUUACUCCUGUUUUCCUCUUGAACACUUGUACUGCUUGGAGCAUCACGUUUUUGAGCGAGGAACUAUCACAGAACCUGAGAGGUUGAAUCCCUGUUCAAUUGGAUUUGCUUUCGAUGAUUCAUUCGCAUUCGGUUCUAGAAAAGUUUUUUGAUUAUUUAUACCGCACUAGCUGUCGGAAAGAGCUGUCACAAGGCACUAUCAACACGAAAAAGACAUAGAAUGUGAUUCCUAAAGGCGCGCGUUGAGUAAUCGAAAGUUGCUGCGAUCGUCACGUUUAUGUUAUGCUACACAUACAAUGAUUAUUAUGUAUACAUGUAGGUGUAUGUGUCUGUGUGUGAAUGAUUCAUUCCGUAGAAGUAUCCGGCAACUUACUAUGUAACUGUAGAAGAAAACUUCUGUUUCAAAAAUGUUUAUAUAUGCAAUGCUUUUGAAAGACGAUUAUGCCGUUUAAGAUCGUUCUGAUUUGAGGUGAUACUGUUUCUUUUUAUUGUUACUCAUCAAUGAUAAGUUAUUGCUUGUAAGUAUAUUAUUUCGUUUAGAAAAUUUUCAGGCGUAUAUUACGAAGCCAUUUGCAAAAUACAAAAUAAGCAGACCAAAGAGAAAUUUUAACAUUACUACCUUUUCCUUUGUCUAGGAUAGUAGCAAAGCAGCCCUAAUGGCAUAACACUACAGUUUUAUUCCAAUAUCAUUUCUUUUGCAGAAAUUUUUAUAGACGUAUAAAUGUUAAAAAGUGUUUAUUGUUUUAGAUAUGCGAUGUACUGAGACUGGUACGCAAUUUUACAAUGACUGAAAUUAUGUUGCAAAUGUAUUGUGCGGUCCAGUUUUCCUUGCUAGUAAAACAGUUCAUUGCAAAAUUAAAUUUACAAAUAAAUCAUCAUUAACUGGAGUAUCGCCAAUUAUUGAAACACCUGCAACUGGAACGAAUUUAAAAGAUUACAAUCAAUCAGUUUCAAAGUAAUGAAGUUUGAUUUAUUCAGAUGAAACUGGAUAAAUGAUUUUUAGAUCGAAACCACAUGUACUCUUUUGUGAACUAAACCUACAAUCAGGUGAAAUUAAAACAUACCAGUGUAACCUUUGGUCACUAUCAAAUUCGAUCGAUGUUGAACAAUAGUGUGAAAUUUACUCAUUAAAAUACUACAUCCACAUUUUGUGAAAAAUGUGACAAAAGGAGCUUGUACAACAACAGUAACAAUAUGAGAACUUUAUACUAAAUGUUUUAUUUGUUCUGGUUAUGAUGUUCAUUUUCGUUAUACUUGUUUUUACCUUAUUUUCUGUAACAUUUACUAGAGAAUUUUUCAGAUACAUUUUUUGUUAAAAAUGUUGUUUUUAAAGGAAUCUUUAUAAAACUUUACCUAAAUGUCUCUGUACACACAUUCUUGGUGCAGUUUUCCUUAUCAUAGAGAGAGAUGUUUGUCCUUCUGUUCAAAAUUGAUGUCAGGUUCAGCAGUAUGUGUGCUUUCUUUCCAGUAGUAGGUGACCUGAGAUAUCAAUUUCAUUGUUUCUUCUAUCGCUACUUAUCCUUUUAACUAUAUUUAUCAAUCCAAUUAUGUUUUCAAAAAGAAAUUGUGUCAGAUUCAAUUUUCUCUUCAUUUCACCUUUGUUAUCAAUGACUUUUUUUUGUUCUUAAAGAUGACACAAACAUUUUUGUUUACCGGACAGUAUCGCUCACAUCCCGAUCAAGAUUACAGUAGAGUAGCUCAUUCGCUCACUAGACGACAAAUAUUUGCAUCGAUAAAAAUUCAAAGUUAUUUUCGACGUUCGUUAGCUCAAAAAAAAUUGACACAGUUAGCUAGAUCGCGUAUAUCCAGUUUAAUCCAACAACAACAAAAAUCAACCUUAUUUGAUGAAAAUGUGUUAAUACAUUUGUCAAUUUUAUUAAGCUUUGGUUUUAAUUCAACAAAAGAUGCCGUUACACUUAUGUCGCUCAUCGAAAUAUGCUGGAAACAUAAAGAAAAAAUUGCAGUCAAACUUAUUCUAGACGAUUCCUCGUCAUCAUCACUGCGUAUAGCAACUGCAAAAAUGUUAAUUUACACCGUCAGAUGUCUAUCAAAUUUUGAAUCCAUUCAGAGACCAAUGCGUUUGAUUGAAUGGUUUACAGAUGUAAAUAGUUAUGCAAAUGCUCAAAAGUCGACAGUACAAAUGUUAACAACAUACUUUCUUCAAAAUAUUAUUCGCAACGGUUUUUAUAUUCAAAUGUGUUCUGUUAUUGAAACGAAAAUUCCGUCGACUGUUGGAAAAAAUUCGCGUAUAUUCGCUGUUGAACCAAUUCUUGAAAUGAUCGCCAGACCAAUUGAAUCCGUAUCAUUGGAUCAAUGUGUAAGAGAUGAAGCACUGAUAGCUUUACGAAACGAGGUAUUUUCACGUUCAGAUUUACCAGCAUUACCAUUAAUUAUUAUACCAGCACUUGUUAAACGUUCGAAAUUUCCUAUUUCACGUUAUAUUGAAUUAUAUGAUGUGACCAAUCCAACAUCGAACUAUGAAGACUGGAAAUUAUUUCAAUUACAUUCGUUACUUUUAAUGUUAGAUAGUAAAAUUGAUGAAAUACCAACAUCUUUAUCUGUACGAGUUGUAUGUAUUGUACGUUAUUUGAUUACUGGUCUUAUCAGGCCGACACAUAUAGAAAAUUCACUGGAUAAUGUUGAUCGAGGCGAUGAUGAUGACUCAGAUGACAGAAUGGAUUUUUCAUCUCAAAGCAGUGAUGAAAAAUAUUAUGAACUAAUCGAUGAUUGUAUAAAUAUACUUAAUAAACGAUCAAUUUCAUCAUUUUUUCUUAAAUCAAUAUCAACAAUUAACAAUUCUACUCUUCAUGUUGUUGAUGAAGAAUACAUUACAAGUUUGGCUGUCAUAGCUCAUGUGCUGAUAUUUCGUCGAAAUGUGCAAAUUCUUCGUUCAAGUUUUCUUAUGUCUCUAAGUACAGCACCACUGUUUCUUAGUCAAUUAUGGACUAUUUCUCGUGACAUGAAAUACGAAACGGAUUAUAGAGAAAAUAUUCUUUUACUGUCACAUAUAUCAUGGGGUAGUACACUAAAAGAUAGUGAGAUUGAUCGUAUUGAACCAUUGUUAAUGACAUUUUGCUCAUUGUACAGUAUGUCACUCGUACCGUUACAUGACGAUGAAUUUUGGGAUGGAAUGCCUGCCACUGUAUUUCAAAUUACUGAAAUACCCGACAUUGUAAAAAUUCUCCGUGAUGUUUGUAUGGGAAUAAUACGAUACAUGUAUCCUGAUAAACAAAUUCCUAUGCAAUCAAAUAAUAUUAGUCAUAAUGAUGAAAUUUUAAUCAGUUCACAACCAAUCGUAACAUCAGCUAGAGAAGCAUCCGCAGCAAGAGCACACAAACAAAUGGAUCUUAUCAGACAACGUUCAUCACACUUUUCAGUUAUUUUUAAGGUAAUUGUGCAGUUACUACAACAACUUCGUUCACGAGAUGUUCGUCGUCGUUUUUGUCCGCCUGAAUAUUGGCUUACAAAUCAAUAUUCUCUACAAUUGGAUAAACUGUACAUAAUUCCACUUGCACGUGGUUUAGCUGAACCGUCAUUAUUAACACCAGAAACACGUGAUAGUCGUGGACCGAAUACAUUCCAAUUUCUUGCUAGUGAACUUCGUCUAAUAACCAUAUUACAACAAAUCCCAUUUGUGAUUCCAUUUGCAGUUCGUGUUCAGGUAUUAAAUUUACUUAUACAACAAAAUAAAAAUGAACAACAACGGAAUGCUGAAUUUUUACAAGGUGAUUCAAUUAGUAUUCGAAUACGACGGGAUUAUAUUUAUGAAGAUGCAUUUGAAAAACUCAGUGCAGAAAAUGAACCAAAUCUUCAAAAAAAAUUUCGUGUUAGUUUUAUUAACUCAGCCGGUCUUGACGAAGCUGGAAUUGAUGGUGGAGGAUUAUUUCGUGAAUUUAUGAAUGAAUUAUUAAAGUCGGCAUUUAAUCCCAUACGUGGACUAUUCAAAUUGACCAGUGAUGGUUAUUUAUAUCCAAAUCCAACAAUCGGUUUUAUCGAACCAAAUUUUGGCUCACAUUAUUAUUUUCUCGGUCGAAUGUUAGGCAAAGCGAUCUAUGAAAAGUUUCUUGCUGAACUGCCAUUUGCAACAUUUUUCCUACAAAAAAUUCUAAGUCGUUCAUCAGGAAAAGUUGACAUACAUCAUUUGUCUUCGCUUGAUCCAGAAAUGUAUAAAAAUUUACUUUAUUUGAAAAAAUAUAAUGGCAAUGUUGAAGAUUUGGGACUCGAUUUCACCAUUGUAAACAGUGAAAUUGGACAAACACAAGUUAUUGAUCUGAAACCAAAUGGAAGAAAUAUAGCUGUGACAAAUGAUAAUCGUAUCGAAUAUAUCCAUUUAAUUAAUGAACAAGUAUUGAAGUUUCGAGAAGGACUCGGAGAUGUUAUUAAUCUCGAAUGGUUAAGAAUGUUUGAUGCAAAUGAACUACGAAUACUUAUAUCUGGAGUGAGUGGUGAUAUUGAUGUUAAUGAUUGGAGAAAAUAUGCACAAUAUCGAGCUCCCUAUAACCAGGAACAUCCAGUUGUACAGGCAUUUUGGAGAAGUGUACAUGAUUUUACAGAAAAUCAGAAACGUCAGUUACUGAAGUUCACAACAAGCUGUUCAAGACCGCCACUGUUUGGUUUUAAAGAAUUGUAUCCAGAAUUUUGUAUUCAGUCAGCUGGUUCAGACAACGAUCGUUUACCAACAUCAAAUACGUGCAUAAAUUUGUUGAAAUUACCGGAGUAUCAAGAUGAAAAUGCUUUGAAAGAAAAACUAUUGUAUGCAAUACAGUCAAGUUCUGGUUUCGAAUAUAGUUAA